GGCGCACUGUGAAGACUGAACUCACUUACAACGGAACUGUAAAAGGACCUAUCGUUAGUGAUCCUGGAGUAACCUGCCAGUACAGGGAUCCUGUUCGAGGGUGGUGAGUAAUCCAGAAAUGAAUAAGACAUGUUUGGACAUUAAUCCUCAGCUGGAGAAGUAUUACCUUCCAACAUUGUACGCAAUAGAGUUCAUUUUAGGACUGGUCGGAAACGUUUCUGUGAUAUGGGGCUACAUAUUCUGUCUGAAGGAAUGGAAGUGCAGCAACAUCUACCUUUUCAAUCUUUCCAUCACGGACCUGGCUUUCAUUUGUACCCUUCCCAUGCUCGUCGUCUACUAUGCCAAAGGCAAUAAGUGGGUUUUUGGUCAGGUCACGUGUAUAUUAAAUAGAUACAUCCUUCACGCUAACAUGUAUACAAGUAUCUUGUUUCUCACUUGCAUCAGCAUCGAUCGUUACCUCCUUGUGGUAAGCCCAUUGAAGCUUCACUGGUUUCAGAAAAAGUUCAAUGCUGUUAAAAUCUGCCUCAGCAUCUGGGUUUUUGUAACACUGGAGUUGGUGCCUAUAUUCAUUUUUAUUGAUGGUCAGAUAAUCAACAGCACAGACGAUGAGUCCUCCUUCCAGUGUUUGGAUUAUGCCAGCUCGGGAAAUGCCUCCCAGAGUCUGAUUUACAGCUUGUGCCUCACAGUUUCUGGUUUUCUCUUACCUCUCUGCGUCAUGUUUUUCUUCUAUUUCCAAACUGCACGCAGCCUUAAGAAACUAAUGCAACAGCGCACCAAGGUUCAGGCAGAAAAGCCGCUUGCCUUGGUCGUGUUGGCCAUUGUCAUUUUCUUAGUAUUCUUCACUCCUUAUCACAUAAUGCGCAACAUUCGCAUUGCUUCCCGAGUGGAGACCAGCACCACGUCAGAGUGUAGGAAAUUAGCUGCAAAGGCUCUGUAUGCCAUCUCAAGGCCCCUGGCUUUCCUCAACUCCAUUACAAACCCAAUUUUCUACUUCAUGUUGGGGGACAUGUUCAGGGAGCAGUUCCUCAACAAACUGAAGAGCAUCUUCUGGGGAAAGUCUGAGGUAUCCCAUCAGAAAGAGGACAGUCCCACAAACAAAUGCUGAGGCUCAAUAAUUCUGUAAAUUAAUGAAACAAUUCAUGAACUCUCCAUAACUCACUUCAUGUUUGGGAGUAGUGUUUUGAUGUAUCAACAUUUGUUACCAUUAUCAGGAUGGCAGAAGGCAAAUUAGAUGGACUUCUGAUUGAAAGUAGGUUUUUUCUUUCUAUGUUAAUUCCUAUACAGCUAUUCAUUUAACAUUUUUUAAAAAUUGCCAAGUUUUAAACUGUAACUGGUAAACAUGUUGAAAUAAGAUUAAAGUAUCUAUUGUAUUGCUGUAUUAUGUUGCAUUAUAAUGUGUAGUUAAAUGCUUCCUGUACUUCUUUGGACAAUGACUGCAUACAUUGUGACAUUUCUUCCUCUCCAUGUGAAGGACACUGUUUUAGCUUUGGGAAAACGUCAGGGACAUUGAAAGCCAGAAAUGCAGCCUUGGACAUUAGGAUUGUAGAUGCAACCUGGCUACUUGCUCAAGUGCAAGAGCUUUUGACAAAAAGAUCUCAUCAGUCUCACCAACACUUGGCCCACCACAAUUGUGUACGCCUGAAAACUUUGCGCAAGUUGUGGAAAUGCUCAGUGAUUAGCAAUGCCAUGAUCAACUCAUUAAGAAAGUGGAACUCGUGUUUAAGUGGAAUAAUUUUGCAAUGAUUUGCAAGUAGAAGACUGCUUCAUUGGCUUGACACAUGGAGGACUGCCUUCCUGAGCAUAAUGUAA